AUGAGCAAUUCCCAUCGAGGAGUGAAGCGAAGUGAUAGCCAAGGGUCCAGGUCCCAUCAGCACGAGAGUAGUACAGUUUCUCCUGUCACUUUAAAGAGAUACCCAAGUUCCGAUUCCUUGCACAGUUAUUCGUCAGCAGCUACGCUGACAGCUGGAAGCAUCUAUUCGGCGAAAUCCACACCCACUUUGACUGGUGAUACGGAUUCGGGAUCCGAGAUCCGGGAUACCGGAUGCUCGGAAGACGACAACGAGAGAAUGGUGACGAAAAAGAGUUCCGUCUAUAACUACCUACAGUCAAAAUCUGACCUGUGUUUUGCUCCCGUGACGACACAACCUUAUUGGGAGAAGGUUGAAAACCAUGAACCUGUGGAAUCCCACGAAGCAUAUGUGUCACAUCUUCGGUCGUCCUCGUAUCAACUCCUCCAGAGUAGAUCCCAGGCUCAGGUCUCUCCUCUUUCAGAAAGUUCUUCAUCUAACUACUACCACGUUCGACAAUCCUCGGCCUCAUCCUCGCAUUCACAGGAUGAAGGAAUAAUCCCAUGUCGAAGAAACCGAGAGAAAUGUUGCCCUCCUCCUUCCCCUUCUUGCUUAUCUCCGUCUCAAAGUUCUCCUCCCCUUCCGCCCCAGAGAGAUGCAUCCAGUCUAAGGUACAUCAAUUACGGGCCCGGUCAUGAGAAAUACCCCUCGUGGCCGGUCCCAUCUCCACAAAACGAGGAAAUUCAAGGUGCUCCACCCGUCAAAAACAACGGAGGCAGUUUCCGAAGCAAAUCCUGGACAGAGCAGACGGACUAUCCAAAAGAACGGAGUCCCGGCUAUGCUCGUCCCUGGAAGAAAGCGAAACAGGCCCCGAGUUAUUUUCAGCAAUUGAAAACGGUGGUGGAGUCUGGAACCGAGCGCGGGAGCAACAGCAACAAUUACUAUGGCGCCUAUUUGCCUCCGGUAGACCGAGACGGUAAAUUUUAUGGGGACUCGGAUUAUAAUAUCCCGUCUCCACCGGAACGAGAUCCCGGAUCCAAUUCUUCCUGUUCAUAUGUAUCGGAAGAGAAGCGCCGAGAACCGGUGACGGAGGAAACUCUAGCUCUAUUGGCAGAGAAAGAAGGCGCUUUGAGUACGCCAUUCUUGGAUCAACUUCGUCGGGAGCGAGAAAAUUGUCUCGUCCAUCAGUGGUCCGUGAACUUGAAGGAGGAUCGAGAUCGAGAUGGCCGGGAGAGUGUCGUAACGAACAGCAGCAACAGCAGCAGCAACGAAACCCUCAAGUGCCAUGGAUCUUUGAGCGAUCUGUCCGUGUGCCCCUGCCCCACGUCCAUCGCUCACAGUGCUCGUGUUCCUCCUCCCCAAAGACAUCAGUCGGAAUGUGUUCUCUACUAUGGGGCCGGGGCUGGGAUCCAGAAUCCGUCAUCCACGAAGACAGUUCAUUUAGGCCUGUCACCGAUCGGCGAAUCUCCUCCGGCCGUGGAUGUGAGUGCUCCUCCGUCUGUUGCUCAGAGGAUUCACGACUUAGAACGCCAAAGCAAGUCCGUGCCCAAUCUCCUCGGCGUGAAACCAGAUCCAAGCCCAGUGAAACCCAGUUUGAGUAAUCAGCGGUACAAAUCGGCGGGUGAAAGGUUGAAGUGCUACCUCAGUACGGUGACCACGUGCAAGACGGAGGGAAAAUCUUAUACGUAUUUCGACCCGGAGAAGAAACACAAGGUUUCCGACCCAACCCUAAAGGCGAUUCAAAAGCAAGCCGUCAUGCAGUUCUUCGAGAGGCAGACUGGAAAGCAAUUGGGGAAGAACCAUCUCCGGGCCCCUCGAAUCCAGACCCUGGCUCGAGAAAUUAAGAAAACUGGAAGUGAACUGGAAGCCGAAGCUGAGGACGAGCCAAAUCUCAGGGAUGUAAGUAACAAGCGUUUUUCCUCAUUCUCUGGAGAGCUGGGUAUUAUUUAA